UUUACUCGGGCGGACUUGACACCGAUGGGGUUCUUCUGGUGAAAAGUGUUACAGUGCAAGAUCUAGCCUGAAGCUUAGCAGGAGAUCUGUCAGACAUAAUAACGAGUGUCUCGGAGCCACAGGACCGUCGCUGUCGUCGCUGGGCUUCGAUCUGCUAAGAUGACAGAGCUGAGGCACCGUGCAGCCAAAGACACCGACCCGACGUUACAGCAGCAGCCGUCAGAGGACAAGGGUUCAGACAGUGAGCUGAAGGUGGAAAAAGAUGGGGUGUCAGACAGCGAGUCCAAGGUGGAUUCAGGGGUCCCAGAGGUGCCGGUUCCUCCUGAUGACACCCCAGAGGUUCUCAACAAGGCCCUAUCUGGACUCUCCUCAAGAUGGAAGAACUGGUGGGUACGAGGCAUCCUUACACUCGCCAUGAUCUCCUUUUUCUUCUUCAUCAUCUACCUGGGCCCCAUGGUGCUUAUGAUGAUUGUCCUCUGUGUUCAGAUUAAGUGCUUCCAUGAAAUCAUCACCAUCGGGUACAGUGUGUAUCACUCCUACCACCUGCCCUGGUUCAGGACAUUGAGCUGGUACUUCCUGCUGUGUGUGAACUACUUCUUCUAUGGUGAGACGGUGACGGAUUACUUCUUCACGCUGGUGCAAAGGGAGGAGCCGCUCCGCAUCCUCAGCAAAUACCACCGCUUUAUCUCCUUUGCCCUCUACCUCACAGGUUUCUGCAUGUUCGUGCUGAGCCUAGUGAAGAAACACUACCGCCUUCAGUUCUACAUGUUUGGCUGGACACAUGUGACUCUGCUGAUUGUCGUGACUCAAUCUCACCUUAUCAUUCACAACCUGUUUGAAGGGAUGAUCUGGUUCAUUGUGCCAAUAUCCUGUGUGAUCUGUAACGACAUUAUGGCCUACAUGUUUGGUUUCUUCUUUGGCCGCACUCCUCUCAUCAAGCUGUCACCUAAGAAGACGUGGGAGGGAUUCAUCGGUGGCUUCUUUGCCACCAUUGUGUUUGGCAUCCUGCUCUCCUAUGUGAUGGCUGGCGUCCGCUACUUUGUGUGUCCGGUGGAAUUCAACAACGACUCCAAUAGUUUCCAGGUGGACUGUGAGCCCUCUGACCUUUUCCAGCUGCAGGACUACGCCCUACCCAGCAUCCUGGAGUCUGUCACUGGAUGGACCACAGUGCGCCUCUAUCCAUUCCAGAUCCACAGCAUCGCUCUCUCCACCUUUGCCUCCAUUGUGGGACCUUUUGGUGGCUUCUUUGCCAGCGGCUUCAAGAGAGCCUUCAAGAUCAAGGAUUUUGCCAACACUAUCCCGGGUCAUGGAGGCAUUAUGGAUAGGUUUGACUGUCAGUACCUCAUGGCCACAUUUGUUAAUGUCUACAUUGCCAGCUUCAUCAGGGGUCCCAACCCCACCAAGGUCAUCCAGCAGCUCCUGGCCCUCCGCGUAGACCAGCAGCUCCACAUCUUCAACUCCCUGAAGGCUCACCUGACAGAGAAGGGCCUGCUGCCUGCGCUGGAAGAGGCCGCCGCCUAGAGCCACCCGCACCUGCUCGCCCUGAGAGGGAGACCAGAGAGGAGGGCAGCACCCGAGGGCCCUGAGCAGCCCCCAGAGCUCUGGGAGACUCACAGUGCUUUGUGUGAGCGAGAACACAUCCGAGGGGGGUGGGGGGGGAAGAAAACGAACAACAAAAAACCACAGCCUUGGGUCAUUCCAUUUUCAUUUGGGUGUGAGAGUGGAGCAUGUUUGUCUGUGAGUUCUGUUUCUGACACAAGUGUUUCGGGUUGAGUUUGUGAAUUACUGUACUGUUACACAUUUCCAUUAUAGCCGACUUAUAUCUAUUCACACUGUUGAACAAAACUGUUGGUCAGCUGUACAUUUCUACCUGUAUACAGGAUAACCUCUAUAUACCUUUUAAUGUGUGUUAAUAUUUUCUUGUACUUUUUUGUUUUUAAUGCACUGCUCUCAACCCAGUUACUCACUGUAUCCCUGCUACACCCCCCUCGCCAAAUUUAAGUUUUAAUUUUCUUUAUUGUGAUUGUUUCUAUUUAUACAUAGAUGGUUUUUAUAUUUGGUAUGUUCUAUUAUAUCUUAAUGUCGUGUCUGUUUUAUUCAGAUUGAAUUCACCUUUCAUCUGCCUUGUGCAUAUAUGUCUGCGUGUGUGUGUGGUUGUGUGUGUAUGUCCUUUCCUGUGUUCUCACUGCCGUUCACCAUUUCACUGCCUCUCUUGCUCAUCCAAAACACUGACAUCAUUAUAUCUCUUAUUGUAACGCAGUAAUAUCCUCAGAUGAACGGCUAAGAUACCCUGAAAUGUUUGACAGCAUCAGUGCAUCUUACAAAUACAGAAUCCAGUCCAUGAGCGGGUCGGUUCUUGUCGGUUUUGUGCUGUAAGGAGCAGUCAGCAGUGCUCCGGGCAUAGUUGUGUUUUAUUAUGAAUCAAAAGAUGUCUCUUAAAGGUCAGUGCAACACACACCAGCAACCCUCUUGGAAUAAUAGUGAGCUCCCUUCACCUGGUUGAUGUUUCCUGGAUAAAGCAGAAAGGUUACCUAAGACUUUUCUUAAUGUAACGAGGAGCUGUGAAAGGUUUCACAUGUGCCCAGUUAGGUGGUGGGAUUGUUGUGUUACGGCUUUGACAGUAAAAGAAAGGCACAAUGAUGGUGUCUACGCUGGCAAUAGCAGAAAUCCAGAUUCUAUGACUAUCACUGCUCAGUUCGGCCUGCAUGUGUGCCAGAAGUUGUGAUAUCGCACAGCUGAUGCUCAGGUUGGAAUUGGUGAUGGGUUCAAGAGGUUUUUCAGCAGGAUUCUGUGACAUUUAUAGCACUGGUGUUUGUUUGACUUGAUGAUAAAACAUAAAAGCUGAAGAUUCUACACAGUGUUGACUUCAUUUCUAUCUUAAAUCAUGUUACCAUCUGUUUAAGGGGACCGAUAUUUCAGAUUGCGAAAAGUUUACUUGUCACAGUUGGUAAUAAUCAGUUGUAUAAUGUCUUCUGUGGUGGUGGAGGCGGUCGCUUUAAGUCUGAGAAAAUUGAAAAAUAACCUUGAUGAUGACCUAAGCGUGGAGAUAAGCUUGUGUUACUAAAAACAUUUAAGAGCCAGAGAGAAGCUAAUGAAAAAUGUGAUCAUGUUGCAUCAUGUGAAGUAUUAAACCCAUAUGUCGGCCUCUGAUGCGAUAUCUUUGAUGAUCCUUCUUUUAAUCUGUCUCUUGCCAGUCGCCAAACUGUACUAAAGUAUUGCUGGACGACUCCUUUUUAAAAGCAACCUGCUCUACUAAUUAUUAUUGGUUUCAACACAUUUUUAUCAUUUUUGAUUAUAUUAAGUGACUGAGCUGGUGCUUCUAUUUAAACUUGAGACUGAAUAAGGUCUAACUGACAGCAAUCAACAGGUGGAGAGCAGAUUUAGUUGCGUUAGAAGACUGCAGCAAGAUUUACCUGUUGGUAAUGUUUAGAAAAGGGUAAAUGUCACUUCUUUUCUUCAAACGAUUCCCAAAUGCUUCUAUUCGUUAAAGUGAAGACAAUAUUACACACUUCUAGCUUGUUGCUCUUUAGAAGUACUUGGAGUCAUUGCAGCAAAAAUGUGGGUCCAACUCUGAUUAAGCAAAGAUUAGCCUUUAAUCAGCUGACCACUCAUUAAUCAACCAAUCACCUCAGGCCCUCCAUCAUCUUUGUGCAUGUUCAUACAUUUUGUUUCUAUCCAAUCAGAGAAAAUAAUUGAUUUCUCCUCAUCAGUGAAAGCCAAAUGAACUCUGUUGUGGAGGCGUUGUUGUAAACCAUGCAAACCUGUUUCUGUGCCUGGUGUAAAAGGGGGAAACGGCAACAUGAACAUCCUCACAGUAGUCAGUGUAGCAGGGAUGUCCAGGUCAGUAAUCGUAUAAAGCAGCUCAUAAACGUGCGAUCAAUCAGGUCAUUUUGGAAACACUUUGCCACCUCAAAAUCUCCUUUCACCAUCCCCCUCAAAAACAAAAAUAUAUUUUUAAGCAAAGGACUUGACUGCUGGUUUUGGUGUUGCUUCAUAAUGGCAAUCAAUUUUAUAGGAUUUUCAGAUUUUCCCCGCAAUUGAUUGUUACUCCAUUUGUACUUCUGUUGCCAUUUCCUUCACGUCUUUGGUUUCGACUUGUCCGAUCAGUCUUAUGCUAAACUCUAUCUUUCUCAAAGUAUUUAUUUUAUUUACUGUAAUCAAAUCAAAUCUUUUCAAAGUUACUAUAUUGUACAUUUAAGAUGAUGUUUAGAGACAUGUUGGGUGUUCUUUAGUAUUUUCGGUUAGAGGAAUAUUUAAAGUAUUAUUGCCAUAUAGGAGAGGGAGUGAUGACAUGGCGGAGAAGCGUCUUCUCUCUUUUCUUGCCGUGACUUUAGUGCAGUUGGGUGUUUUCUAGGCUCUUCCCCGGUAGCUGUCGUGUGUCAACUUCUGUGUCACAGUGCACGUUAAGGCAACGCAGACACCCGUAGCACUGCGUUGCAUUGUCUCCCUUUGAGUCGACAGGAAGUUUCUGGAGAUUAACAUACAGACUGGGUGUCUCUGCAUUCGUAGGUAUAUUUCCUGGGCGGGUUAGAUGUCUGAGGUUGUAGCCCCUGCAGCUCUGUACUGCCAUUUCUCUGGUAUUCCAGAAGGCCACUAGAGAGAGCUGGCGCUCCUGUGGUUGGCCGGUCGAGCUUAACACUGAUGCUGCAUCUGAGCAGAAAGGUUUGACCCCUUUGUUAUUGCUGUUACAUUGCUGAUACAUUCCAGUAUCCCUAAAGUUAAGAUUUGCUCACAGGGAGGCAGAACCUAAGAGACGAGCAUAGUAUUAUUAGAAAAAAACUGAUUGUUUUUCGUUUUGGCACCCAGGAAAAACCUCUGUGCCAUUUUUAAUCAACACAGUGCCACUUUGCUGUUGUGAACCUGCCCAGUGCUCAGGCAGGACCCUCUAAAAGGAAUGUAUGGGAGUUGUGACUGUCCCCCCACGUACCGUAGGCUCCCCUUUUGUGGAUAUUUUAUUUUGUGGUUAUAGAUUCUCUUCUAAAGCUGUAUGAUUUCACUAUAUUAUUCUUAAACUGUGCAAUGGUUUGUGUUGAGUUGAACAUUUUGUCUAGAGAAAAGUUGUACGCUGAUGCUCAAAUGUGCUUCGCCUAGGUUCAAAGAAAAUUAAAGGUAUAAAAAAAAAA